UAAUUGUUUCAUUGUCAAAGAACUCGUCAUUGAACCAUUUUUUUAAAGGUUGUGUUUUUGUACUACUUGUAAAGUUAGGCAUAUAUGUACUUUAAAAAUGGUAGUGGCAAAAGAACAAAACGGUAAAUUUGAGUACAAGAUGGACGGGGAAAGAGUCGUGAUAUCCGGGAUGUCAGGACUUUAUCCACGGGCUAAUAAUGUAAAGGAGCUAUCAGAAACUCUUUACAACAAGAAAAAUCCCAUAACCUCUGGAAGCAAGCGCUGGACAUUCAAUCACCCGGAGGUAUCCCGGUACACGGGCGACGUGCCUCAGCUGGGUCGUUUCGAUGCUCAGUUCUUUGGAGUGCACUUCAGGCUUGCCAGUAACAUGGACUUCAUGUCGAGGAAAAUGAUGGAGCAGACGUUCCAAGCCAUUUACGAUGCUGGCUUGAAUCCAGAGCACCUCUCUGGGAAAAAAGUUGGAGUCUACGUUGGGACAUGUUUCUCUGAAACCGAAAAGGCAUCCUUCUACGUUGCCACCUCUAGAACAGGAUUUGGCAUAGUUGGAUGUAGCAAAGCCAUGUUUGCGAACCGUAUCUCUUACUGGCUGAACGCUAAAGGCCCAUCUACGGCGAUCGACCAAGCUUGCUGCAGCUCCACCGUGGCCUUAGAACAGGCAUACAAGGCCAUAGUUCGAGGGGAAUGCGAUGCUGCCAUUGUAGGAGGCGGUAACUUGACGUUGCAUCCACAGUCUAUGGUGCAUUAUGGAAGAACUAUAAAGAUUUGCAUGGACGGCAAAACUAAGUCCUUCGAUCAAAAUGCUGAUGGGUGCGCGAAGUCCGAAGCCAUUAACGUGUUAUUCUUACAGAAAGAAAAAGAUGCACUUAGAAUUUACGCAGAGAUCACGCACGUAAAAAGUGAAUUUUUGUCGUUAGGCAAUCAAAAAGACCCUCGAUUCGGUUUCUACAGAGAGCCACGAAUUGUAAGGAACUUUUUGAAUAAAUUCUACGAUGAAGCUGGAAUAGUGCCUCAGGCUGUAGAAUAUGUUGAGGGUGUUGGAUCGGCUACGUCCGAGGCAGAUAAAUCUGAACUAGAAGCAAUCGGCGACGUUUUUUGUAAAGACCGAUCGGAUCCAUUGCUGGUUGGAAGUGUGAUGUCUAACAUUGGAUACGCUGAAGCAGCUUCUGGAAUUUCUGCCAUAACCAAGGUCUUACUAGGAUACCAUAAAGGACAAAUAGCUGCAAACCUCCAUUGCUCAACACCUCGGAACGACAUAGCAGCACUAAACGACGGCCGCAUGCAGAUCGUCAGAGAGCACCAGCCAUUCGGAAGGGGAUUCACGGCCGUGAACUCUCUUUCCAUCACCGGGUGCAAUGCUCAUGUUUUAUUACAUGGCCAUUACAAACCAAAGGAUCUAACCAAGUACCAGUCUAGUAUUCCACACCUAGUAACAAUUUCGGGAAGACAAGAAUCCGCAGUCCAAUUAAUAUUGGAUGACCUGAAAAGCCGACCAAUAGACCCCGAGGAGCUGGCUUUACUGCACAACAUCCAUGAAAUAAGCAUCAGUGGACAUCUUGGGAGAGGAUUUACUAUACUCGAUACGAAUGAGGAGUUGAAGACGUACAGCAUAUCGGAGAAGUGCGAGUACUUCGACGCCGCGAAGAAGCCGCUGUGGUUCGUGUACAGCGGCAUGGGCUCGCAGUGGGCCGGCAUGGGCGCGCAACUCAUGCGCAUCCCUAUAUUCAGCGCGGCCAUACAAAGAUGUGAUCAAGUAUUGAAGCCAAAAGGCAUUGAUAUCGUGCACAUAAUAACUUCGCCGGACAAAACUAUUUUCGACAACAUACUACACUCUUUUGUUGGGAUAGCCGCUGUUCAAAUAGGCCUCACUGACAUUCUACGGGAAUUAGGCUUAGUUCCAGAUAAUAUCAUCGGUCAUAGCGUCGGUGAGCUUGGAUGCGCGUACGCCGACGGCUGCUUCACCGCGGAGGAGAUGAUCCUGUCCGCUUACAGCCGGGGCUUGGUGUCCAUACAAACACCCUUCAUCCAUGGCUCCAUGGCCGCAGUGGGUCUUGGGUACCAGCAGAUAGUGGACAUGGUUCCUCCAGAAAUAGAAGUCGCUUGUCAUAAUUCCUCCGAGUCCAGCACCAUCUCAGGACCUGCUGAAGUGAUGAGGGACUUCGUGACCUCGCUCGCUAAUAAGAAAAUCUUCGCUAAAGAGGUUCCUUGUUCAAACAUUGCUUACCACUCGCGGUAUAUUGCUGAUGCAGGGCCAAGCUUACUAAAAUAUUUAUCAGAAGUGAUCAAGGACCCGAAACCACGCAGCGAGAAAUGGGUCUCAACAUCAGUCCCAGAGGAUCGGUGGGGCGACGAAUCUGCCAAAUAUUCUUCUGCUGAGUACCACACAAAUAAUUUACUGAAUCCUGUGCUUUUUGAGGAAGCGUCUCGCCUGAUUCCACCCAAUGCAGUACUGGUGGAGAUAGCUCCUCACGGACUUCUACAGGCUAUUCUCAAACGAUCUCUGCCUUCAACCUGUAAUAAUAUUCCACUGACUCGUCGAGCUCAUCCAAAUAACCCCGCAUUAGUUUUAGAGGGUAUCGGAAAGUUAUUCAUGGAAGGUUACAAUCCGAGAGUGCAUGUUCUAUAUCCGAAGGUCGAAUUUCCAGUUUCAACGGGGACACCGUUUCUUUCACAUCUGGUGCAAUGGGCUCACGGUGAGAUAUGGGCUCUUCCCCUGUACAAAACGAUACAAAAAAAAGUGGCAGCAGCUGCUAAACAAAUAGUUACUGUCUAUGACGAGGAAUAUCGUUACUUGCGGGGAAACGUCCUCAGAGGUCAAAACGUAUAUCCAUUUGCGGCCGCCCUGGUUGCUGUCUGGGACACUCUGGCGAUGUCCACUGGACAAGAAAAAAAGAAAGUUUCCGUCAAAUUUAGCAAAGUUGAAUUGUUUGUUCAACCUUUACUGAAUGAUAGAACGUCACUAACAAUAACUAUAGCUCUCCACAGAGGUUCUGGUUGGUUUGAAGUAAUGCAUGGCAUUUCAAAGAUAGCUAAUGGAUUUAUUUUAGAAAACAAAGAUGAAUUUAAAACCAUUGAAGAAAACAGUACAACUAAAAAUAAGGAAAUAACCCUCAGCUGUCGAGAUGUUUAUGAAAUUCUUCACGAAAGAGAUUAUUGUUACAAAUCUGAUUUCCAAAGUCUUCAAGAAGCGAAUGAAACUUUUUCGGGAGCUGCUGUUAAAUGGGAUGGCAAUUGGGUGACUUUUAUUGAUGGCUUACUGCAACUGAAUGCUUUAAGACAAAAACAUGAUGCAGUGUCACAGCCUGCAUUCAUAAGAACUCUCACAAUUGAUACCAAAAAGCACUUAUCAACUCAAGUAACUAGUUCCCAAGGAAAAAAUGUAAUGAAAGCACGCAUAGAUGCGCUGCAUUCUAUUACAAGCUGUGGUGGAAUACAACUGGAAAAUAUUAAAUUUAUAGAUUUAUCUAAAUCAAAAAACGAUAAACUAUCAAUCAAUGCAUUGACGUUUGUUCCACGCUUGCAAUUUAGUAUGACCGACGUUAAAAGUUCAUUGGAAAUCUUUUUACAAAUAGUCGCAGAAAAUAAUCGUAGAGAUUAUAUAAAGGUUCUGGAAGUAUUUAAUGAUUUGGAGUGUGACAAUACCCAAGAUGACACGCUAAAAAAUAUAGUACAGGAUGAUCUACAGAGUCUUAAUGUUCAAUAUGAAAAAAAGGAUAUCCUAGAACUUCGGCAAAACCAGGAAAAGUAUAAUGUCUGUGUUACAUUUCUUCAACGAUUGAAAUUGGAUGACAACAUUUUACAGUUACUAUCCGGAAUCUUGCCAGCAGACUCGUUCAUAGUAGCCGCAACAGACUGUCACACAUUCAAACCUGUAUCAUCAUCAUCAUCAUAUUAUCGGGUCGUAUCUUGUCACAAAAUUGAGAAUGGUUACUUGACUCUAGCACGUUGGAAACCAUCAGCCCAACCAAACUCAAGGAAAACUAUUACUGUGCGAAGUGAGACUGAUCUUAAGAGGCUGACUUUGGCUAGAAAUAAUUUGCCUCCUAAUCAUAAGCUUGUUGUCGUCACGUCCUAUCCACCUGUAGAAGGAAUCGAAGAAUUAGUCGGCAAAUGGCGGAAGGAAGCCAACCGUAACCAUGUCGUUUUAGUUAUGGUUAAUGAUAAAAUUCCUGAAGAAUCCGACAUAGAAGGCGUUGCUGAUCUACAUUUAGCCGUUAAUGUAUUGCAGAGUGGGGUAUGGGGAGGAGUAUAUUAUACUCCUUUAGCUGAAGACCAUUCAAAAGAUAUGCACCAUAAUAUGGCACUCAAGAGCAAACAUAUUGGCGACCUCAAUUCCCUGAGUUGGGUCGAAAUGCCAGAACCUUCCAGUCCUGGGAUUGGAAUAACGGUUCACUUCGCUGGACUUAACAAAAUUGAUGUGAAAAAGGCUACGGGCGUGUAUAAUCAUAACAGCGAUAACAACGCUUACGGGAUGGACUUCAGUGGGGUAACUGACAGGGGAGACCGCGUGAUGGGCAUAGUGCCGAGUGGGUCCGCUAGCAAGCGCCUUAAAGGCUUGCCGCAACUGCUGUGGCCGGUGCCCGACCACUGGACCAUGGAAGAAGCAGCUACAGUCCCGCUGCCUUAUGCUCACGCCUUCUACUGUCUUGUAAUCAAAGCUAAGGCAAAGCCAAACCUUAGCAUCUUAGUGCACGGCGGUGCGGGCGCGCUAGGGCAGGCCGCCAUUGCUGUUGCGCUGGAGCUUAGGAUGCGUGUCUUCGCCACUGUUAGCGACAUGCGCAAGAAACGUUUCCUCUUGAAGCUCUUCCCGGAGUUAAACGAGGAUCAUAUUGGAAACUCUCGGGAUAGUAGCUUUGAAGAUAUGAUUCUUGUACAAACCAAAGGAUUAGGAGUCGGUUAUGUUAUCAACUGCCUUAAGGGAGAUCUCAGGAAUACUUCUUUUAGAGUCAUGAUGCAUACGGCAAUUACUUUCGAUACAGAAGUUGAUAGCAACUUUAACUUUGGAAUGAGUAAUUUAAUGGUGGACAAAAAUUAUAUUGCUGUUAAUUUCUCGUCAAUAUUUACUGAAGCAGACUCCACCACUAUGAAAAAACUUCAGUUGCUGAUAAGUGAGGGUAUCGCGCGAGGGUACGUGCGACCCCUGACGCAUGUGACGUAUCCAGCGCACGAGGCAGCGCGUGCGCUUCGUCUGCUAAGCACCAGCGCGCACCGCGGCCGCGUGCUCCUCCGAAUCUCUGACACCUCGCCGCCCAUCCAACCCAGGAUAACGUGUUCAUCAAAUCGAUCGCACCUGAUAAUUUGUGACGACGAAUUUCAUGGUCUGCAGCUGGCAGACAGACUCAUUCAACACGGCGCUAAAAAACUUGUCGUGCAUUUACCAAAAGUUCCUACUUCUAUAAAUAUUAAGAAACAGUCUUGGAAAAAUCAAAACUCCGAAGUGAAACUAUCCACCACUCCUUUGAAUGGAAUCUCAAGCAUUCAGUCAAUGCUGGAAGACUGUGCCGCCAUAGCUCCCAUUGAAGGAACUUAUUUCAUAGCAACAACUGGCAUGAAGAAAGAAGAAAUUCUAGUUAGAUUGGAUGAUUUAUCUAGAAAACUAUGUACAAAUUUGAACCCGAUAAUUUUCAGGUACUUUGCUAUAAUGAGUACGGAAGAAGAGUUUGGUAACCAAAUAUGUGUUUCGAGGAAACAAAUCGGAUUGCCAGCCACAAAACUAAGUAUACCAAAAAUAAGGAAGAUGGAUGACGCAUAUCAGUGUAAAGGCGCAGUAUCCUUCAGCAGUGCGUUAGAUGCAUUUGAGACCGUAGUGAAGACAGCCGCUACAGUUGCCCAGGCGCACCCAAGUAGCAAACCUCAACUGACGUUGCUACAGAAGAUAGCGACUAUAGCUAAUAUAAAAGUUAGCGGUGACCUGGACGACUCUGCGUUUUUGAGUGAUAUCGGCGUUGGGCAGGAGAAGGCGCAUGCAGUUGCGGCUCUGUUCAAAGAUGAGUACCAUCUGUGUUUGUCUGAAGAUGACAUUCCUAUGCUGAGCAUUAAACAAAUUCAAGAGAUGGACCAAAUGAUGAAUGGAUCAUUAACCAAGGAAGUCAAAGGAUUCGACAUGUUCUUUUCUUACAUCUGCAACGAUGAGAUGCUGGCUACGGAUACGGUGUUUCUUCCUACCCUAUUGUGUACUUCAAAUUCAAUGCAAAAUGAAGAGCUCGAAAUGACGGGUACCCCAUUAUUUAUCGUCCCAGGAUUAGAAGGUCAUUGGGAUCGCUUCGGGGAACUGUGUGAGAGACUCAAGGUGGCAGCUUUACUGCUUCAGCCCGGCCUUGAUUUUUUGAAUGAAAGUGUACAGGAGACGGCCAAGAGAUAUGCGAAUGUCAUGAUGAAGAAAAUAGAUGCGGAAAAGAAGUUCUGUCUGAUGGGAUACGAGAGUGGAGUUUUGGUGGCGCUGGAAUUAGCGUCAAUACUGGAAGAACAUGGAUACAACGGCACCGUUUACUGUAUUGGAGAAGCGCCAGAGCAAUUCAAGGCGUUCCUUGAGAAAGAGCUCCAACAGUACGGCUCUGGUGAAGCAUUGCAAGAGUCUCUAAUCCGGCACAUGUUCGGAGUGAUGGGAGGCCGGAGCGAGGUGCAAUUCUGCGAGGGUACAUCGUGGCAAGAGAAGGUGGAAGUUUGUGUGCGAGCACUGAUGGGGCAUAUACCGCUGUCCACGCAGUAUGUUCGUGGUCAAUUCAACGCGGCGCGAGCGAGGCUCUUCCAAACCAUUCAGUACACUCCUCGCCUGAAACCUUUGCGCUCUCGCCUCAUCCUCAUUCGCCCAGAAAACUUCGAAGUGGUGUACCCCGAGCCAUUGCAAAAGUACUCCGAGCAACCUAUCAUAGUCCACAACCUGCGCUCGACUCUUGCGCACGUGUUGAAGGACUUACGUUGCGCUGCCAUCGUCAACCAAUACCUGGAUCCAGACGUGCUGGAAGAGUAUGAAAACAAGAAUCUCUGCGACACUUAUAUUUUGGAUGCAAAUAAGUUUUUGACCGCGGGAGUUUGUGAUGAUGAUGAAUAGGCUAACAAGGUUAUGGGUAAAUAAGGAUAAAUAGGAUAACCAAAAAUGCAUAAUGUGCAUAGCCUCGUUGUUCUAGUUAUUUAAGGCUGAGUAAUAAGAUGAGGUGCACUACACACACUACAAUUGUUGCUUGUGAUUCAUGAAAAUAAUUAUGUUGUUUGUAUCAAUAAUAAAAAUAUGAUCAGGAA